AUGGAGUGUGUUAUUGGAAUUAAGAUGAAUGAUUUCGUGUUACUAGCAGCAGAUAUGCGCUGUGCACACUCCAUCCUUACUAUUAAACAUGAUGAGCGCAAAAUGUAUAAGUUCAGUAACCGUGUGCUUGCCGCCGUUUGUGGUGAAUCGGGAGACACGUCUCAGUUUUCAGAAUAUAUCCAGCAAAACAUGCAGCUGUAUGAAAUAAGAAAUGGAUACGAAUUAACACCAAGCGCGGCUGCAAACUUCACCAGAAACAAUAUGGCAGAAUCACUGCGGAGUCGAUCACCAUACUUUGUAAAUAUGCUGAUCGCUGGAUACGACUCACAAACUGGACCUGAACUCUACUUUUUGGACUACUUGGCAUCCCUAGUGAAAGUUCCUUUCGCUGUUCAUGGUUAUGGUUCUCUGGUUACUCUGAGUAUCUUGGAUCGCAUGCACCGCCCCGACAUGACUGUAGAGGAAGCCGUUACAUUACUACGUUCGUGUAUUCAGGAAGUUCAAAAGCGUUUAGUGAUCAAUCUUGAUAGAUACAUGGUCCGUAUUGUUACGAAAGACGGCAUUGAAGAGCUACCAGACCUGACUGAUUUUGCAGUAAAGGUUUAG